GAGCUGAGAAGGCGGAAGCAGCGGCGGCCGCGGCUGGGGCUGAGGCUCCGGCCGUCGGCGGACGCAGCAGCCGCGGCCCACGAACCGGGAGUUUGGCGUCGGAGCCACUUGGUCUCGGAAUGCCGUGUAUGUAGGCGACGCGGCGCAGCCCGGGGGAGCCUUCCCAGUUGGUUGUGAAGUCGCAGCGUAUACGAUCGAUCGACUGACAACAAAGCUACUAUGAGUCUCUUAAACUGUGAGAACAGCUGCGGGUCCAGCCAGUCGUCCAGUGACUGCUGCGCUGCCAUGGCCGCCUCCUGCAGCGCUGCAGUGAAAGAUGACAGCGUGAGUGCCAACACCGGGAACCUCUCCAGCUCCUUCAUGGAGGAGAUCCAGGGCUACGAUGUGGAGUUUGACCCACCUCUGGAGAGCAAGUAUGAGUGCCCCAUCUGCUUGAUGGCUUUACGGGAAGCAGUGCAAACACCAUGUGGCCACAGGUUCUGCAAAGCCUGCAUCAUCAAAUCCAUAAGGGAUGCAGGUCACAAGUGCCCAGUUGACAAUGAAAUACUGCUGGAAAAUCAACUGUUUCCUGACAAUUUUGCAAAGCGAGAGAUUCUUUCCCUGACGGUAAAGUGCCCAAAUAAAGGCUGUUUGCAAAAGAUGGAACUGAGACAUCUCGAGGAUCAUCAAGUACAUUGUGAAUUUGCUCUAGUGAAUUGUCCCCAGUGCCAACGUCCUUUCCAAAAGUGCCAGGUUAAUACACACAUUAUUGAGGAUUGUCCCAGGAGGCAGGUUUCUUGUGUAAACUGUGCUGUGUCCAUGGCAUAUGAAGAGAAAGAGAUCCAUGAUCAAAGCUGUCCUCUGGCAAAUAUCAUCUGUGAAUACUGUGGUACAAUCCUCAUCAGAGAACAGAUGCCUAAUCAUUAUGAUCUGGACUGCCCAACAGCUCCAAUCCCUUGCACAUUCAGUGUUUUUGGCUGUCAUGAAAAGAUGCAGAGGAAUCACUUGGCACGACACUUGCAAGAGAAUACCCAGUUGCACAUGAGACUGUUGGCCCAGGCUGUUCAUAAUGUUAACCUUGCUUUGCGUCCGUGCGAUGCCGCCUCUCCAUCCCGGGGAUGUCGUCCAGAGGACCCAAAUUAUGAGGAAACUAUCAAACAGUUGGAGAGUCGCCUAGUAAGACAGGACCAUCAGAUCCGGGAGCUGACUGCCAAAAUGGAAACUCAGAGUAUGUACGUGGGCGAGCUCAAACGGACCAUUCGGACCCUGGAGGACAAGGUUGCCGAAAUGGAAGCACAGCAGUGUAACGGGAUCUACAUUUGGAAGAUUGGCAACUUUGGGAUGCACUUGAAAUCCCAAGAAGAGGAAAGACCUGUUGUCAUCCAUAGCCCUGGAUUCUACACAGGCAGACCUGGGUACAAGCUGUGCAUGCGCCUGCACCUUCAGUUACCAACAGCUCAGCGCUGUGCAAACUAUAUAUCCCUUUUUGUCCACACAAUGCAAGGAGAAUAUGACAGCCACCUCCCCUGGCCCUUCCAGGGUACAAUACGCCUUACAAUUCUUGACCAGUCUGAAGCAGUUAUAAGGCAAAACCACGAAGAGGUCAUGGACGCUAAACCAGAACUGCUUGCCUUUCAGCGACCCACAAUCCCACGGAACCCCAAAGGUUUUGGCUAUGUAACCUUUAUGCACCUGGAAGCCUUAAGACAGGGAACCUUCAUUAAGGACGAUACAUUACUAGUGCGCUGUGAAGUCUCUACCCGCUUUGACAUGGGUGGCCUUCGGAAGGAGGGUUUCCAGCCACGAAGUACUGAUGCAGGGGUGUAGCGUCCAUGUACUUGUGUUCAAAAACUAGGAACUAUAUGGGAAAACCAUGCCUUCCAUGCCUGGCCCCAGUAAGCAAUGCUCAAACAAGCAGUGGGAGAGGUGUAAGCCUAGCAGCAGAUGUCAUCAGUGAGGUCACGAGCCACUUCUUACUGUUAACAAAUACCUGAGGCAGUUCCCAUGGGAACCUACAUGUCCCCUGUAUCUUCAAAGCCUCAACAUUUGAAGGGCCUGUGGCUCGUCUGUCUGUCAGGGUACCCCUUCUCUGUGCUUCCAUGGGCUUUUUUGUCCAUGUACUUUACUGUAAAAAAGGCCAGACAGUGUGCUGCAGCUCAAUCGUUUAAUAAGACCGGUGCCUUAAAAACUUGAGGGGUUUUUAGGACACUGAUUACUAUAUUAAACAUGAGAAUCACCACUGCCUGUGCUGGUGCCAGUAGAGAAGUUACCGCUCUGGUGUUAAGUUCUCAUUUAGUUGACUCCUGUGAAUUUCAGAGGCUUUAACCAUGAUCCCUGGAAGGCUUAAGUUCUCAAGUACUCCCUCCUCUAUAGUUCACUAAGGAUCCAGGGACUGGUCUAACCCUUACUUACUUAGUGUGAAUGUAUUGUCCACUGAACACCAAGCAUCCCCCACUACUUUCCUGUUUUGAAAUAUGCUCCAGGCAGCCUCUUACCAGUCUGUAAUACCGCGGUCAUGUGCUUGCCAACUGCUGAGUGUUACUGCCAUGGGACCUUUCUUGUCUGUCCAGUGCAGCUUGGUUUCCAUAGCCUGUUGUACAUCUUCUGUUGCUUGCAAACACAAAAUCACCAGCCCGAGCGAGUGAUUUAGCUCACUAGCCAUUAAAUGGCAUCUCGUGGAUGAUGACAGCAACUCGCCAGGAGACUUGAGCCCUCUUAACUACCUUUUGAUUUAGCUUAUAAGAUUAAUUGAAAUAAAAUUGAUUUUUCUCAAGGGGUUGGAGAAUUGGCUCAGUGGUUAAGAGCCUUGGCUGCUCUUCCAGAGGACCCCCAGUCUGUAACUCCAGUUCCAGGGCAUCUGACACCCUCAUACAGACACUCAUGCAGGCAAAACACCAGUGCACAUAAAACUAACUAACUAACUAAAUAAAUAAAUAUUGAUUUCCUCAAAACAGAAUUUAUUGGAACUUGGGGAAUUGUAGGUACCUGAGAGAUGCCUAAACCAAGGUUGGCUAUCACGGUUGUGUGGACACUCAGCUUGAGUGGUGGCUUUGUCCAGCUCAGUAGAGGUUCUGAUGUGUGACCCUAAUGUGGAGAGGUGACAGUUGUGCUGCUGUGUAUUUGUUAAUGUCCUGUACAUAUACAAUACUUUGGAGUCCAGUUCUCAGGGAGUCCUCCGACUAGUUAGAGCCUUUGUAAGGAAGCAGAGGGGGUCCUCUACUGCUGUUUACACAAGAUCAGCUAAGUGUUCUGGUAAUAAGAAAGGCAUUCGUGUCUUCAGCUGAACCAGAGACCCGAGCAGUGCUCAGACCUGCCCUGUUUCCAGAGAACGCUCAGAGCCCUCCACCAAGGAGUCUGGUUCUCAGCUGUAGCCAGCAAGGGCCUCUUUGACCUCUUCAUUUUUCCCCUGCUUCUGUCCUACCCAUAAAGGUGAGGGGAAGACCUUGUCCCCUACCAUUAUCACAAGCUCAUCACAGGUCUCUUCUGUUGGAUCCAGGAAAUGUGUGUCCCUUAGCUGUGCCUCCAGCAACCCUGAGCCGCUUGUAGCUGCUUCUGCCUAAGGAGCACUGCAUGGUCUUAUACUGUAGUUUGUUUCCCAGUGGAGAAAUAAAUGUGGGCUUGUUUGUUGUUUCUUUAAAGCAAGCAGUAGCUGUGUCUAUAUUUAUUUAGAAAUUGCCUGAAGAAGAUUACUCAACUAUUUGAAGACUUAUUUUCUAUAUGCCUUUCUUAAUUUUUUUAUGUUAUAUGUCACCACAAAAAUAUCAACUCCCCAACCCCCUCUCCGUUUUUUGAAAAAUGAAAUGACAUUUAAGAACUUCCUAAUCAGAUUUCUCUUUUUAAAAUAUCUGUAUUAGAAGAACAGUCGUUUCCUGCCGUGGUUUUAAAAAAACUCUAACAUCUUUUAAGGUUAUUUUGCAUAAGUUAAACUGUUCCCAGCUUUAAAUUGUUCUUCCUAUAGGGCAAGUUGGACUAGGUGCUUCUAGUAUCCGAGUUGAGAAGCCCAGUGCUGAGCCACAAUACUCACUAAAAGGCUUUCCCCGUAGAGGUGUGACUGCCCCUACUGCUAACAUGGAUGGUUCACUGCAGUUUAAUGUCCAUCCGCUAGAAUACACCUUAGGUAGUUUUAGAACUUGCAGCAUUUGGUGUUUGUAAUAAGCCAACCAGUUACUUUAUGUUACUCAAUUGCCACGAAUGCAGAGUAAAAAUAAUCAAGCUGACAUUCAAGGUCAACACUUAGUAAGGUCAACUCAGGAUCGAGUCUUAGCCUCGAAAGCUGCUUUCUUUACUUCACCACUUCCCCAACUCCUGAACAUUCUCUUUGUACCAGUGGGCCUAUAAGAAUCCGUAUAGUCCAGAGUGCAUUGGCCAUCUUUUCUUACCAAUCUAGAACACUGCUGAAUUUAAAGUUGUUUCUUCUUAGGAAAAUGCCCAACUUACUAUUGAAGAUUUUUCCCCAAGUCAUAUAUUUCCCUCUUAGAAAUCAGGCCAGAUGGUAGUUCUAGUUUGGAAGUUAGUUACAGUCCUUUGGCUGUUACCAUCUCUAGCCAUUCUGCUUUCUUCUAGAGAAUGAAGAGGAGAAAAGUGCAUUAAAGUACAAAAGGUGUUCUCUCACUCUCGGAAGAUCAACUGACAGGUGUUGGAUGGUCUCCAACAAGUAAAUUUUGUGACCAGUAUAAAGUUGAAUUUGUACCAAUAUCAAACAAAGUCUGACCAAUGUAAAUUAUGUGUACAAUUAGACUAUCUUCUCCUUAAGGAGAAGUUGCUUAUUUCUGCUUUAUCUAGAGUUUCCUUCAUUCUCAUGUGACUGGAAAACGUUUUAACUUUAACUAUCGGGGUUAUUCUUACUUAAGACUUUGAAGUGCUUUUCUCUCUCUUUCUGUCGUUAACACACAUCUUUUCCGACUUGACUCAAAUUCUCGCCAUUGUCUUAACGUAAAAUGUUGUUACAUUUUUUUAUGGGGUGUUUGGUGAUUCGUUUGCUGGCUGCCUUGAGGGAGUGAACAGGGCGCGGUCAAGAGUCACUUGGUUGUCUGUUGAAAUACUCUUUAAAUGUCAGCAUUCUCAGGGUAACUGUCAUUUGUUUCAACGUUGAUGUGAUUGUCUGGGAAAUGGAUUGUUGCUUCCCAAUUCCCAGAAUCCAGAAAAAUGAAACCAGAUGUGAUCAACCUGAACUUGGGACACUCGGUCACAAGCCUUGAAGUCACUCAAAAAGGACUAACUAAGCUAGUUAUUUCUCUGUGCGUCCUCUGUGCCUUUGAUGUUUUAAACUGCUCAACCCCACCCCCCAAAAUAAAAAUAAAUAAAUAAAUAAUAAAAGAAAAGAAUUGUAGUUUUUCACAUUGUGGAAUGUGGAGAGGAACUCCUUUUCCUGUCCUGUGUAUCCUCAGCGGAGCCCAGCCCUGCCUGACACAGAAGAAAAGGGUGGCCUGUUGGUCACCUGCCAUUCAGAAUGUAGCCCCAUCUGACUCCUAAAACCCCAAUUUCCUUCAGUGCAGGCUCCAGAAGAGGGCAGAGACCCCAUUCUGGUCACUGCUGAACCCCUGUUUUUAGCAUACUGUGCAUGGGCCUGGCCAGAAGUCACAAGCUGUAAUGGGAGCCAGGGUGGAAGCUGACUGGCUGCUGGGUAGCCUACUUGUGAUGUAAGUCAGUUGGUAAAGUGAGAGUGUUCUUCUUUCUGCUUUUCUCCCGGGACUUUACUAUUGCAGUUCUCAAACAUGGAAGUGAGUUUAAAGCCCAGUGAACACCUACCACCUAGGACCUUAAGUGACAUUAGGUUUGCUCUGAUUUAAUGCUACUAUAAUGUAAAUUCUAAUUUCUCUUUAAGACUGUUCAAUCCUGAAAUAAUUAAACCACUUGAAGUUGUAUAAAGUUCUCCUUGGAAACUUGUGAUAUUUUAUUGUAAUUUAUCUUGUAGCUUCUGCUUUAUGCCAACUUAAAAUUUGUGGAAAUGUCGUGAGGAACUUUAGUCUUACUUCUUUGUCUACAGGAGUGUUUUUAUAAAGGAUUUAUUUGCAAGUUUCUGGUUAUGUAGAAUGUUACUUUAUUACUUGAGAUAAUUCCAUGGGUAAAGGUAUAAUUUGAGACACAUUUUGCUAAAUAUAUGAUUUCAGGAUUAUGUUCCCUGGGAACUGAAAAUGACUGAUUUAACAUAUAGCUACUAAAUUUGGAAUCAGGAUUGUUGCAAGGGUCUCUGUAGCCUCUAUAGCCAGCAAAGUGGUAAUCCUCGGGAGGCAAGAAAGCAGUUCAGUUCAGUGCAACAAAGUACUUGUUGUUGCUUCCAAGUUCAGGAGUCUGACCCUGAAUGGUUUAUUUUUGGCAUAUUUAAGCCCAGCUCACCUUGGUGAAAACUUUUUUGGUGAUAAUUAACCCCAGCCUGUGUAUAUUACAAUAAAGCAUACAUAAAUCUCUUUGAGGAGCCAAGUGAGCUAAGGAAAGAUUAGAUAUGAACACAUCAAAGCUGUAUGACAUGCGGGUAACACCUUCUAUAAUGGGUUCUAUAAAGGGAGAGGGUCAGAUGUGCUCAGGUACCCAAGCUAGAACAGUUUUCUCUUCCCAGCCUUCUCAAUGGAUAACAGGUUACACAUUCCUUCUCUGGAAAGAGCAUCCCUGUAUCCUAACAUCCCAUGUCCCCUGGUGCUGAUCUGUGAACACAAGGACCUCCAUGCUUCCUACAGACUUUAUUGCUGACUGACCACUUAAGUUCAAUUUUAUUUCUGAUCGUUUAGCUACCUGUAAAGUGGGAUCUAGGAUUUGAAAUUUAGAUAUUAUGAAGUAUUUAACAUUAUUAAUGCUUAGGUCUAAUUUUGGAGGUAUUUUAUAGACUUAGGGAGACUGCUUAUUUUAUAACUAUGAAAAAUGGUAUAAUAAAAU